UGUCUAUGUCAGAUCUCCACAACAUGCGCACGAUCUAUCUGAAUCACUAACAAAGGGCAAUCGCUAAGCGUAGUUUUUUUUAAAGUUUACAUUUUGUGACUUGCCCCGUAGGAGGGCGGAGCCAGGCUACCUCGAGCUUUAGCCCGACUCCAAAAAACAUGUUUACGGGGGUUAUCCGCAAUGGAGAACCCGAAUAAGUUGCAGCACGACAGAGUGGUUUAAACGUUGGCUCUUAAAUGUGGCAACGUAACUGAAAUGGGUGAAGACGCCACUAUUUUACAACGACACUGGCAGCUAAAGUAGAGGUGGGCAGGAUGGGGGAGCGGGCCGUCAGCAGCUCGGUGGCUGCUAUCUCUCCAGUGCAGCAGAUGCUGGCUUCUGGCACUGGAGCCCUCCUCACGUCUAUUUUUGUCACACCGCUGGACGUUGUGAAGAUCAGGCUGCAGGCUCAGCAAACACCGUUCCACCAAGCUUUAGCGUGUGAAUCCGCUCCGUGGGGGCGCGUCAUCCGCCCAUCCAAGUGGAAAUGUUUCCUGUAUUGUAACGGACUGAUGGAUCACAUCUAUGUGUGUCAGAAUGGAACCAGUUGCACCAGCUGGUACAAAACCCCAACACAUUUCAGUGGGACACUCGAUGCUUUUGUGAAAAUCAGUCGACAUGAAGGACUCAGGUCUCUGUGGAGCGGACUACCACCAACACUGGUUAUGGCUGUACCUGCCACUAUCAUCUACUUCACCUGCUACGACCAGCUGCGGGACUUCCUCAGAUACGGUCUGGGUUUCCAGGGCAGCCACAUCCCUCUUGUUGCUGGAGGUCUGGCCAGAUUGGGGGCGGUGACGGUGAUCAGCCCUCUGGAGCUGGUCAGGACCAAGAUGCAGUCCCGCCGGCUGUCCUACAGCGAGCUGCGGGUGUGUAUCCGCUCUGCUGUGGCUCAGGACGGCCUGCUGUCACUGUGGAGGGGCUGGGGACCCACCGUUCUCAGAGAUGUCCCCUUCUCUGCUUUGUACUGGUUUAAUUAUGAGCUGGUGAAGGCCCGGCUGUGUGAACGGUCCCGAAUGACUCAGGCCAACGUCUCCAUCAGCUUUACUGCAGGAGCCAUCUCUGGAGCUAUUGCUGCGAUCCUGACGCUGCCUUUUGACGUAGUGAAGACACGGAGACAGAUCCAGCUAGGAGAAAUGGACACUCUGGGAGUUUCCUUAAAGAAAACCACGUCCACGUGGCACAUAAUGAAGGAAAUAUGGGCCGAGUUGGGCUACAGGGGUCUUUUUGCAGGUUUCAUGCCCAGGGUGAUCAAAGUGGCCCCAGCCUGCGCUGUCAUGAUAAGCACCUAUGAGUUUGGAAAGACCUUCUUCCAAAAGAUGAACCUUGAUCGUGAGGGACUGGGAUCCUGAAUGCUGUCUGUACGGUGCUGGGUGAUUGUUCACAGCAGCACAGUCAGACAGUGUUAUCGGGACAAAGUCUUCUCAAACAGAAGCUCGAGGGCCUGCAUUUGGUUUUAUGUGAACAUAAAAUAUGAAGAUUCACCCACGAAUCAGGGAUGUUUCUUCUUUCAAAUCUGCUCUCUGGAAAUGUAAACACAGACUGAUGAGACUUGACACCCCUUACAUCCAUGAACUGAAUAACAAGCUUGGACAACAAGCUUGGAGCUUGGGCCACAGACUUAAUGUGUGAUUAUUUAAGUAAAUUUUAAACAGGUAUCUUGAAAAUUAAGAAUUUUCCAAUACGUAAGCAAAGGGACACAUGACAUGGAUCCCACUUCUGUGCACAUUUUUAAAUGAUGAUAAACCUGUUCAGGACAGUGGUGUGCGGUUUAAUGCUUGAUGGGAAAAAGUCCACCCUGCAUUCGCUUUAUGCUUUCUUCUGCAUUCUUGUAGCAGUAAAGCAUGGCAAUUUUGACAUCUCAAAAGAUGACUGACAAAUCAGUUUUGUGUUCUGGAUGGAUUUUAUCACUUGUGACAAGCGCUGUGAAAUGAAAUCAUAAAGAUAAGUACAUGUUUUUAUGUUUAUUGAAUGUAUGUCCCUUCUCGUCUCAUAACUGGAGGCUAAACUACAGUACAUGAAACACGAGGCCUGAUGGCAAAAUUAAAACAAGCCUUCUUGGAAGAUAUGUUAUCCUUGGUACAUUAAUUUACCCUUUUUAUGCUAUUAUAUUACAACAAUAACAAAUAAUUCAUGAACAUUUUGAGCACAAUUGUUUUGUGAAAGCUGCUGCAGCCAGCUUCCCAAAAAGCGCACAGAUUUUGUUAAAUGUUUAUGUAAUAAAGAAAAAACGAGGCUUCCCCUUGAUGGUAUUCUGGUGAUGAAAUGCUUUGAAUAUCUUCCCUACAAUAAACAUAAUAUCAAAACGUGUUAAAACACUGGAUCAUAAAGAAAAACAUUGCUGCCUUAACCUGAAAGGUGUACGUGUCUUUCCUCUUUUUUUUUUUUUUUUUUUUUUUUUUUU